AGCCGGACCGAAAGCCGCACUUUCCGGACUACUUGCCAAGGCCCCGCGCAUACUCGCAUUAGACGUGCUCAUCUCGUGUUCUCCGCAUAAACCUUCGCAUAUUCCAAAAAAUGGUAAGUUCUUAACUUAGUAAGAGAUGUUGAAACACUUUGAAAAAUUUUGGAGUAUGAGACACAGCCGGUAUCGCUCAUAGGUCUAACGACCAAGGAGUGUUGAAUAUUGUAUUCCGAUACCAAUGUACUAUACUGUCAAAAGCGAAAAUUAUGUUUCAAUUAAGUACGUAAAAUAUUGAAAAGCUGCGAAAAGUAGCCGCGCCUAGAAUGAUAAAUUGAUUUUAGGUAUUAAGAAAGUCAAUACCUGAAUAAAUUGAAGCGAGAAUAAAUUUUUAAACGAGAGUAUGAAUACUCUUCUCAUGACGUCAUAGUGUACAUAAUAGAAUUCUUAUUCAGUCUCUUUUUCUCAAAACAGGCCGAUCAACUCACCGAAGAACAAAUUGCCGAAUUCAAAGAGGCUUUCUCCCUCUUCGAUAAGGAUGGUGAUGGAACGAUCACGACGAAGGAAUUGGGAACGGUUAUGAGAUCUCUCGGACAAAAUCCGACUGAAGCCGAACUGCAGGAUAUGAUAAACGAAGUUGAUGCUGAUGGAAACGGCACUAUCGACUUCCCUGAAUUCCUGACUAUGAUGGCCAGAAAGAUGAAAGAUACUGAUAGUGAGGAAGAAAUCCGAGAGGCUUUCAGGGUCUUCGAUAAGGAUGGCAAUGGCUUCAUCUCAGCUGCCGAAUUACGUCAUGUUAUGACCAACUUGGGUGAGAAGCUAACCGACGAGGAGGUAGAUGAAAUGAUCCGUGAGGCAGAUAUUGACGGUGAUGGUCAAGUAAACUAUGAAGAAUUUGUAAAUAUGAUGAUGUCGAAAUAAGCUGAAGAGGACAAUAUUGAAAUAAGCCAUUCCUAUUUUCAAAUAAUUCGUAACGAUGAUGACGUCCAAGUAAGCGGGGCGCUGCACUCUCAUUCUUUGUAGAUCUGUCUCCUGCAUUGCGGAAGAAAAGCGUUUUAUUUUUAACGUACAAUGUCUGCAACGUAUGGAGUCGUUCGUCGGAGCUACAGCGUCCUUAUUCGUUGGAUCUACGACGAAGCUUUCGCGCCAUUAUAUAAUAGUUCUAUUUCUUUUUUGUAAGAAAAACGUUAAACUAAUCAUUGCUCCGCUUUUCUUUCAUGUAUGAAUUAUAAUCUAUAUCUUUGUCUGUAAAAUAUCACAUACUUUCCAACAAGAUUUUCAUGUUGAUUGUUC